AUGGCAGGUGAUAAAAAAUCUCUGCACCCAGCCUUUGUUGUCACCAAUAUAAAAACUCUAAUCCCUAUUCUUCUUGACAUCAAAAAGGAUGAAUACUCUUCAUGGUUUUUCCUCUUUGAACUACAUCUUCAAGAUCACAGUCUCCUAUUCCUCAUCAAAGGAUCUGCACCUCCAACGGAGACUGACAACAACACCUUGACGCAACUCGACGCCUUGUGCCGUCAAUGGAUGUUUUCUACAAUGGCCAAGGACCUGAUGCUCACGGUUCUGAAAUCCGGUAAAACCGCUAAAGAACUUUGGGAUCAUCUACAAAAGUUUUUUCAAGAUAACAAAGGUAAUCGUGCUGCGACCCUUGAAAGUAAAUUUGUCAAUCUAAAGUUUGUUGAUUGUGCUAGUAUCGAUGACUACUGUGACAAACUUAAGUCAUUGUCGGAUCGUUUGACUGAUCUCGACUUUCCCAUGAAUGACAAACGGUUGGUUAUCCAACUUGUCAAUGGUCUUCCGGAGGAAUACAACACUGUUGCAUCCUUCAUACAACAGUCUAUGCCAACUUUUGAUGCUUCUCGUUCCCAAUUGCGCACCGAAGAGAUUCGACGUGCCCAGCAAACCACCACGACGUCUUCAACUGCACUGGCAGCCACCGCCCCAUUCCUUGAGGGAGAAGGGGCAAUAUAUAUUAUUAUUAUUAUUCAAUGA